AUGGAUUCCAUAUAUUUAACGGCAGCCCUUGUAGCCAUAGUUUGGGCGGUGUUUGUGCUUAGAAAAGAUGGCAAAAGCAGAAUUCUGUCUCAGAAGAAAAGAAAAUAUCAUGUUGUUUCUGGCACUGCUUUACACCAAAUGUUCAAUUUUCAUAGGCUACAUGAUUACAUGUCAGACCUGGCAGGAAAGAACCAAACUUACAGGCUACUUACCUUAGGAAGGAAUGAAGUUUACACCACAGACCCCAUUAAUGUUGAAUAUAUCCUCAAGACAAACUUUGCGAACUAUGGAAAGGGUGAGUACCAGCAUACAAUCUUGAAGGACCUUCUGGGUGAUGGGAUAUUCACAGUGGAUGGAGAGAAGUGGAGAAAACAGAGAAAGAUAGCAAGCUACCAAUUCUCCAGCAGGAUUUUGAGAGAUUUCGGCAGUUCAGUGUUCAAAUCUACUGCAGUUAAGCUUGCAGCAAUGGUAUCUGAAGCUUCAACUCCUAAUCAGAUGUUAGAAAUACAAGAUCUGUUUUUCAAAUCAACCCUAGACUCAGUGUUCAAGGUUGUUCUUGGUGUAGAACUAGACACCCUGAGGGGAACAUAUGAAGAUGGCGCCAAGUUCUCUAACGCUUUCAACGAUGCAAGUGAAAUAACUUUACUUCGUUAUGUUGAUAUUUUCUGGAAAAUCAAGCGGUUCCUGCACAUAGGAUUAGAAGGCUCAUUGAGGAAAAAUAUCAAAGUGGUAGAUGAAUUUGUGUACAAAAUAAUCAGAAGCAAGACGGAGCAAGUCCAGAAGUCACCAGAUGGGUCUGCAAGGAAAGACAUACUGUCAAGGUUCCUAGACUUAGAAGAGACAGAUCCAAAGUACCUUAAAGACAUCAUCCUUAGUUUUAUCAUCGCGGGAAAGGACACGACAGCAACAACAAUGACCUAUUUCCUUUACUCUCUCUGCAAAUAUCCUCAUGUGCAGGAUAACAUUGUGGAAGAAGUCAAAGAUGUUACGAAGUUAAAAGAAUUUUCAACUGUUGAGGAACUUGCAGAUAAUAUAACCGAAGAAGCACUUGAAAACAUGCAGUAUCUUACUGCAGCUUUGACUGAGACACUCAGACUCUACCCAGCAGUUCCAUGGGAUGCUAAGGUUUGUUUCUCAGAUGAUACCUUGCCAGAUGGAUUUAGUGUGAAGAAAGGAGAUCUUGUUUCAUACCUACCUUAUGCCAUGGGCAGAAUGAAAUACCUGUGGGGUGAUGAUGCUGAGGAAUUCAAGCCAGAGAGAUGGCUGGACACAAAUGGAAAGUUCCAGCAAGAAAGUCCUUUCAAAUUCACAGCUUUUCAGGCGGGUCCAAGACAGUGCCUAGGAAAAGACUUUUCUUACAGACAGAUGAAGAUCUUCUCUGCAAUUCUUUUAAGCAGCCACAAGUUCAAGCUUGCAGACCAAAGCAAAACAGCACAUUACAGAACUGCUCUUACUCUGCAUAUGGAUGGGGGUCUUCACCUUUAUGCUUACCCCAGAUUGGGACACCUAAAAUCCUAG